UCAGCGUCAACGUGAGCUCGAAGAAACGUUGCCCGCGCGGUUCGCACGUGUGAACAUCAUAUGCACGUGAACAUUAUUGAAAGAGGAUUCUCCCACAUUUCCGACUGAUCGAGUCCCCCCCCUCCCCCCCACCGAUGACAGAGAGCCCCGAUGGACUCUGCGGACAUGCGCACUCAGGAGGAGCGCACAUCCGGAGCCGUUGGUCCGAAACGGGUCAGGAGGAAGUUCCGACCCAGAACUCCUGAGCCUGUUCAGGGCAGGAAACACCUGGAAAUUCAAACAGAAAGUUACCUGGAAGAGCUGAGUGACAUCCCUGUGGUGAAGGAGAUUGAGUGUCAGACUGAUGCUUUCCUGGACAGACCUGAAACUCCAAUCUUCAUACCUGCAAAAACUGGCAAAGAUGCUGAAACCCAGAUAGAUGAGGGAGAUCUGUUUGACUUUGAGGAGGAAGUGCGGCCCAUCCUGGAAAUUCUGGUGGGAAAGACGCUGGAACAGUCUUUGUUGGAGGUGAUGGAGGAGGAGGAGCUGGCUGCACUGAUGGCCCAGCAAAGGGCCUUUCUGGAGCGCCGAAAUAACCAACUUCCAGAGGUCCAUCGGCUGCAGGAGCAAGAGCGACGCCGUCGUGAGGAGAGAGAACGCAGAAUGGCAGAGCAGAAGAGGGCGUUGCAGGAGGAGAAGGAGGUUGCAGAGAAGAUUGCUGCUCGUGCGCUGACCCAGCAGCAGCUGGCUGACCUUGUGCCUUCAGUCUUGGCCUCACUGAGGAGGGAGGGCUACUUUUAUGACCCCGUGGAGAGAGAUGUUGAGACUCAUUUCUUCCCUCGACUGAUGGAGGACGUUCAGAGAGUUUUACAGAAGAACUGCAGAGCCAGGGAGCUUCUGGACGUGAUGUACAUCUUGGCUGCACGUAAAUACGUGGGAAUAACAUCAGCCAUUACUUUGUCUGGACCUGAUUUUUUACAAGUUUCUCAGGACUGUUCGGUGCGUGGAGCAGCAUUUCUGCGUUCAAAAGCCGCCUGGGCCGGCUCGUACCGUCCUGAAGCCGCUCAGAGAGACGGUUCUCCUGGGAGACACGGCUUUCCAGAACUCAGCAGCUCAACUCCAAAGACUGCCAGAGCCUCUAUGCAUGAGCUGCACAGACCAGGGCUGGACUACAGUGUCACCACACUCCAGGCAAGAAAACCAAGAUGAUUUCAAAGGAUGUUUUCCCCAAACACAAACAGAAUACCCAGAACAUCUUUGACUCUUUUUACUUCGUGGUUUCAAAAUUUACUGAACAUCAGUUCUA